AUGGCGGGAGGUAAUGAGAAGGGACAGCGCUACGCCGUAGCCUUGGACCAGGCGCGUGCUCAAAGCAAAUGGGACGAGGUCCCAGAAUUGAUUCGAAAGGUCACCAAGCACGCACCACAGAGGACAUGUUUGAUUCAAACAGCGACUGCUGAAACUCGAGUUGUCGCGUAUCUACGACAGAAGACCGCCCCUGAAGCCCCCGAAGAUGAUCCCACGCCUGCGCCCCAGCCCAACCUUCUAGAGCUGAUUCCCGCGCUGUUGACAACCAUUGACAACAGCGACGGUUCCCCGCAGGAAAUAGUCCAAGCGCAAGUCUGCCUGGGAUGGAUCCAUUGGGCCCUGGGCGAGCCCAAGUUGGCCGCAGGACGUCUUCCAAAGGACUUCACAAUGACCGUGCACGACUUGCUGAGUGAGGGCGACGGUCUUUCCCCAUGGACCGAGGUCUGCAUGGUCAAGGGAUGCUACAUCAAAGGAUCGGCGCAAUCUACAAUUACAGGAAUAGACGAGACGCUGGAGACCUUUGCUUCGCUGGUUCCGUGGCUAGGCAGCGGGGUGCUAACUUCGAGCACCAACGCGCAGUUCUUGAGUUGGUCCGAAACCAUGCUUGGAAAGGGUGCCUUGAUGGCGAGUGAAACAGCGACUAGGGCCUCCCCGAUGGCGGAUCCCAGACAUGUGGAAAUUGCGCUUCAACUCUUCCGCUUGUGGGCUUCUCUUACCGCGGUGAAGCAAGGGCUCGCCUCCCCACAGACCCUCUAUACGGACGCCUCCGGUUCACUUUCACGGGUCGCUAUUUGGAAGGCAUACUACGGAUUCCUCACUACUGUUCUCCAGGACAACCUCAUUUACGCCCCUGCUCAUAGCGGCGUUCCAGAACGCCCCCAAUUGGCUAGCGAGUUGCGGCGCAUCGAGGCUAUCUGUGAAAACAGUCUGCUCCGUGAAGUGAAAUUCCCCACCGCCGAAUCCAACAACUCCCAAGUUGAGGAAUGGAUUGAGUUGGUCAUCAAGAAUUGGCAGGUUCUUUGUGGGCCGCACUGGCAGGACCAGGAUCUUGGCGAAGGGGGUCAGAAUGCCGUCGGCCGGAAUGUUUUGGACAUGCUUUACCGCGCAGCAACCAAAACAUACCAUUCGCACCUUAUUCUUCGGCGUUUGUUCCAUGUCCAUUCGGCCUUGGCAGACUUUGACCUGGCCGUCAAAGCUCUAGACUCUUACAUUGAGAUUGUUAUUGCCGCCAAAGAACGAGCAGAGAAGGGGGCCGAGCUUGGCGAAUUAGAGCAAGAUGAAACGCUAUUACAAACCCUCUCCGAGGGCGUUGCUUUACUCUGCUGCCUCGGAUCGUUCGACGAGGCUGAAAAGGCUAAAAAGUUGACGGAACUGAUCAGGGAGUGUAUCGACAAGCAGGUGGCCGGUCGCGAGGAUGGCCAAAUCGAUGGCAAGCUAUUGCUCUCGCAAGGCCCCAACCCUCAUAACUCUCGAGAAAUUCCCCUUUCGACACUCGCCACUGCCUACCGAGCAGUCGGUAUCGGUCUCGCUAACUGGGCAUAUUACACUCCUCUGAAUGAGGCACGUGAUGAGAUCCGAGCUGAAGCCAUUCAAUACCUAGAAAAGAGCAUCGCUCCUGAACUGGGCGACCGAGGAAACUACUCCUCGCUAUAUACGCUCUCUAUUGCACUGGCCGAAAACCGGGAUUUGGACACUGCGAUUAAGUAUGUAAAAUCUGCUUUAGGCUCGCGUGGUCCAGCGCCCGACUCUGAAGAUCUCUUCAGGGAACGGGAUCUUGUGCCACUCUGGCAUUUACUUGCGCUGCUGCUCAGCGCCAAGCAGGACUUUGACAUCGCGGAGCGCUCAUGCGAAGCGGCUUUUGAGCAGUUCCCAGCCGAGAUUUUCGCUAAAAACAAACGCCCGGAGCGACAACCGUCAAGGAACUCGCAGCUUUCCGGUCCUCCCAAGCGCACAUUGGUCAGUCGAUUGUCAGGUCGAGAGAAAGAACGCAUCCUCGAGACUCGUAUCACGCAGGUCGCGUUCACCGAGGUUCUCGAGGGGCCCGAGGCUGCUGUCAAUCAGAGUGACCAGUUGCUGGGACUUUUCAGCAGUCUGUUCCAUGACUUCAACCUUGACGGCGAGGGAAGAACGAAGGCCUCCAAGCCAGAACAUUUGGUACCACCCAAGAGCUCUGCCGGUACUACGAAAAGCUUCCGUAGCAGUAUUUUCCAUCGGAACAGAAUUUCUCAACUGCCAGACCGCCGGGCUGAUCCAAAUGGCUCGAAGCCUUCUACCCCACCCCCACCAGUUCCGGCCGUCUCAAAUGGACCUUAUGCUGGAGCAGAUGCGCCGGCUAUCCAAGUCACAGACGGAGAUACCCACCUGCAGUCUGAUCGGGCAUCUACAAUUGGGAGAUCAGACUCCACGAGGCUGAAGAAACGCAGCAGCAGCUUCAUCAGGAAUGAGCGGCCUCGUGGUCAGGAACCCCCUCUUCCCAAUGGGACGGAGUCCCUGGACAUGGUUGGCAUUGCGGUGUCUGGAAAUACAUCACCCGUGUCAGCGAAUCAUACCCCAACCAGCAAACAACCCCUACAGCCAAUUGCACACAACAUGAAUCCCAUGCAACAACCACUUCCAGUCGGGCACAAAAACCAGCCACCGGCGCAAGACGUUCGACUCCCUGGCACCGUUUAUCACCGAUUCGACUCCCCAUCAAAGGCAAUUACCAAGUUUUCAAUUGCCCAGUCCGAGAAACACGCCCUCGGGUUGCUUAUCAAAUUGUGGCUUAUUAUUGCCGGAAUGUAUCGCCGCGCGUCUUUAUUCGAUGAUGCCCGCGAGGCCUGUGAAGAAGCUGCGAAGCAAGUCGCACGGGUGGAGUCAGUGGCAUCAUCGUACGAGUCAUCUGCGCGGGCUUUUAGCAAGCGUGGCUGGAGUGCUGCCAAGAGCCCCGACGAGCUGUGGGCUGAUGUCUACACCGAACAAGGAAUGUUGUGCCAGGCUCGAUCAAACCCUCAUAAGGCCAUCAAACACUUUGAAGAAGCGCUCCUGCGCCAGGCCGACCACCCGACAGCGACGAUCGGCCUUGCAAACCUCCUCUUAGAUAUCUGGGACAAGAAGUUGCCGCUUGAGACGGCAAAGGCCGAUGCGGACCCCAAUGCCUCUCGCCUCUCUCUGCUAACCGAAACUCCCAAGCCGAAGACCGGCAAGGCCGUAUCCAUUGAUGAGCUCAAAGCCUCCGAAGCGGUGGAGACUGUGGAGUCGACAGAGGCUUCUGUCUCCGCGCACGACGUCGGCCCUAAGCACCUUCACCGUCUUGCAGCUCGGGAUCGCGCCUACGGUCUCCUUUCCGCGCUGACCAAGCGUGGCAGCUCGUGGGAUAGCUCCGAGGCGUGGUACGCCCUAUCGCGGGCAUACGAGGCCGGUGAGCAGGUCGAGAAGCUGAAAGAGGUGCUGUGGUGGUGCAUUGAAUUAGAGGACCGUCGGCCGAUUCGGCACUGGUCGAAUAUCGGCUCUGGUCUCUACGUUCUCUAA